AUGUAUGCUCAGAAAGUUGCAAUCAAGCAGAGUUUCGAAGAUCGGAGGUCAUUGGUGGCGCUGGACAGGGAGGCACAAGCACUGCGUGUAUUUCGCCACCCGGUGAUUCCUUUCUAUUUUGCAUCCAUAGUCACAGCAUGGGGGUGGUGUGUUAUCCGGGAGCUGGUAGAGGGCGUUACUCUGGAUUUGUCACCAGGCUUUGGCGAUCCAACUGAAUUCGAGGCAGCCAGAAUCUUUGGUCAGUUGACGGACGGUCUUAGCUACAUACAUGCAUUGGGCGGCAUACAUGGAGAUAUAUGUGCAAAGAACGUCAUGGUGACUCCAGAAGGCAACGUUAAACUGAUUGAUUACGGAAAUUGCGUUCCGCAUAAUACAGUGGAGCACGACAACAGUAUUAGCCCCUGCAAAGCCCCGGAACUCAUGUUCGAACCUAGACGCCCAAGGGGGCGGAAGGCGGAUAUGUUUGACUUAGGGCGGCUGAUGUACCGGUAUUUCAAGAAUGGCGAAGAGCCAUACAAUCUUCCGCCGUUAAUUCCGCUGAACGCCGAAAACCUGCAGACACGAAUGGAGUCGCCUGAGGAUAAUAUCAGUCUCCUAGGCCUUUCAGACCGCAGGCAUAGUGGGAUGGUCUAA